AUGUCCUUCUCCCUCGCCCCCCUCCCCGUCCUCACCGCCCUCAAACACCGCAUCACCGCCAUCCACCACCAUGCCGACAGACUAUACCUCGGCCUCGCCAACGGCCAGCUGCAGGUCUACGCUUACGACGGGGACGGCGCCGAGCUGCUCAAGACUAUCCAGCCUGGCAAGCGGCAGAUCGACCAACUAGGCGUCUUGCCCACUUCCAACCUCCUCGCUGUUCUCUCUGAUACUGUCGUCACCCUCUACUCUCUGCCGGACUUGACCAAAUCGGCGCCCACAUUGUCCCAAGCGCGCACCGUCCACGCCUUCUCCAUAACCACCUACACACCGAAGCGCCGGAAAGACGAGCCGCCGCAGGAGCAGAGGGACUUGCUGGUGGUAGGAUGCAGGAAGAAGGUGGUGGUGUUUGGAGCGGGGGAGAGGGGGCUGAAUGAGGGAUGGGAGCUGUCAAUACCGCACUCUCCUCGGCAUAUCGUCUUUCCUCCCUCGCCGUCUUCUGCCUCACUACCCACACCUAUACACCUGUGCUUCACUUCAACCACUUCAGCACUUUUACAUCUGAACGCGGAAUCGCCAUCGUCGCAUUUGACGAUGACCGAUGUGACGACCGACAAGUACCCACAGAGCGACAUUCCAGACGCAGGUCAGAAGGAAGAAGGGGCAGGUAGUGGUCUGGGGAUGGGUAUGGGGCGGUUCACCAACUUUGGUGGAUAUGUUGGCAUUGGAGGGAAGAAUAAUGGGCCUCUAGGUGUUGGGACAGUGACAGGCGAAGUGCUCCUCGCACGAGAAGAUACCGGCGUAUUCUACUCUUCCGAAGGAUCCUAUACCCGCUCUACCUCUCUCCGAUGGCCUGCUCCCCCUGAUGGACUGGCGUAUAGCAACCCAUUCAUUUACUCUGUCGUACCAGCGCCCCCAGCUUCGCAUGCGCAAGGGCAGACAGAAGGUAUCGGAGGGACAGUCCAAAUACAUCUGGCACCUAUGCUACGAGAGUUCACUUCUCUACCCAUACCUGCGCCCUCAGUGGGCUCGCUAGCUUUGGGGCCGACUGCUACUUUAUCGACAUUUCCAACCGGUACAAGCCCAAAGUUGCUCGUCACGACGACGCCGACAGACAAGUCCCUUCUUGCCCAAGGAUCUUCCGUCUACGUCCUAUCCUCUCCACCCGGGGACGUACUUGUCGACGGCUUGGUUCGGAAAGGAAGAGUCGGCGAUGCUAUUGCUUUCCUAGAGUCAACUUCGACUCUUCCCCGCUUGACCUCGCCUGCCACUACUGCCCCACCAACGCCCUCUUCUACAACUUCCCCAAAGCCCUAUACUUUACAGACUCUCCAGAUCCUACAAUCCCUCCAAUUGUUUGCGCAGGGCCAGUACCAAACAGCACUCGAAUCAUUUGCGCGACACAAUGUCAAUCCGGUCAAAGUACUAGCGCUCUAUCCAAAGGGGAGCAUCGCGGGAAAGCUGGGGGUAGGACGUGAAGGGUGGAUGGACCUGUUUGGCGGGGAAGGAGGUAGACUCGAAGAGGGUGCUCAUGGAGAAGACAAAGAAGAUCACCCCGGGGAAGGAGGCGUGAAAGGCCUGCUUGAGACGGUCAAACACGGUCUACAACGUACUCCAAGCCACGAAACACUCUCCAAAGAAACAGCCAGCAUCGAAUCAUCUUCCACCCAUCUGAAGUCGCCUGCCGCUGCCGAUUUGGCACCUGAAGGCGAGCUGCCGAGAGCAGCAUUGGAAGCUUUAAUGUUUUUCCUGUCAGACCGGCGGCAGAAAUUGGCGCAGCCUAUUGCUUCAUUUUCGUCCUCCUCGUCUUCGACGGCUUUCCCUUCUUCGCCGCCUCUGCCGCCGCUUUCUGCUUUAUCGCCAGCAGAGCUUUUUGCCCUACCAUCACUUCCAUUCUCCCAAAUAUCUCCCGAAGAGCUUUUGCGCAUGGCGCAGAUCGUAUACACCGGUCUUGUCAAAGUGUAUCUGCUCUCCAGACCUACCCUCGUAGGCAGUCUGUGCAGGAUUGAGAAUUGGUGCGAUGUGGAAGAAGUUGAAGGGCUGUUGAAGGAGAAAGAGAAGUUCGGGGAUUUGAUCGACCUGUAUCAGGGAAAGAAGAUGCAUCGCAAGGCGUUAGAGAUGGUACACGACCUGGCGAAAGAAGAGGACGACCCACUCGAUCGAUACCCCCCAACAAUCAGCUACCUCCAAAAACUCCCAUCAUCCCCGCCCGAGCUCCUCCAACUCCGCUUCGAAUUCUCCAAAUGGAUCCUCGAAGAAGACGUCGCUUGUGGCCUCGAGAUCUUCAAAGGGGACGAACCGCCCACCAGCGAACUUCCCCGGAAAGAAGUGGUCGACUUUCUCGAAGGGGUACAACCGUCCAAAAAGGGCAAGAAGAAGGAAGCUUGUGUAAGCUAUCUUGAGUGGCUUAUUGUGGAUAUGGGAGAGAAGGAAGGGUGGGCGCAUGAAAAGCUGGCAGAACUUUACCUCGAUGGUGCCCGUCUUGAGAAGGGAGAGAUGUUUGCAAAACUUUUGAGCUUUUUGGAGACGUCGGAAGGCUAUAGGGCGGGGAAGAUGUUGAGCAGGUUGAAGAAGGAUGAAAUGCCUGAAGCGCGCGCGAUCUUGUUGGGCAGGAUGGGCAGGCAUGAAGAUGCCCUGAAAGUCUACGUUUAUCAACUACGAGACUAUACCCAAGCCGAGGCGCACGUUCUUCCUGCCAAUGCUGGAGCUCGGGCUAAUAACAAGACCAACAUCUUCGCGAUCCUCCUCCAACUCUACCUCCGCCCUGCACCUUCAUAUUCAUCCGAGCAGCUGCACAAGCCUGCCCUAGCACUGCUCGCCGCCCAUCCAUCCUCUCUACCCAUGAGCUCGUCUCUCCAUCUUCUACCACCUCUCACCCCAAUGAGCGACGUCCAGACAUAUCUCCUCCAAACGCUCCGCUCCACCCAUUCGAACUCAUAUUCCGGGAAAGUGCAUGCCCAUCUCUCUGAGGGCCGUAAAGAGCAGAUCGACCUAGCUUUGAUGGCUGUUGAGGGUAAGAGGGUGAGGGUAGGGGAGCAGAGAGUGUGUCCGGGCUGUAUGAAGCGGUUAGGUGUGGCUGCUGUGGCUGUGCAUGCUCCUAGGGGUGAGGUGACGCAUUUGCAUUGUAAGGACAAGUUUUCGCGAAAGCUGGAGAGUAUGAGGGGGUGA